AUGUCGUCUAAUAAAAAUCUUCUUCGAUUAAAUAAACUUUAUCGAACACAAGAAAAUAGUCUUACUGAUGUUGUUCAUAUAACUGAUGAAAAUAUUCCUAAAUAUAGACAAGUUAAUUAUGAUGCUAUGAGAGAUAUUAUUAAUGAAAGAAAAAUAUGUGGAACACAAGCAUUAGAACGAAUUUCGAAAUUACAAAAUGAUAGUCAUGCUAUACGAGAACAAGCAGAAUUAAAAAUUUCACGUGAUUAUUGGUUUAAUGAACAAUAUAAAUUAAAUCAACAAUAUAGAAAAUAUGAUGAUGAACAUCAAACAUGGCUUACAGAAGCAUUUCAUGAUCCUGAUUUAUUAUCAAUAUUUCAUGAAAUAACAAGAUAUAGAAUAUGGCUUGAUGAAAAUACAAUUAAAUUUCGAAAGACAACUGUUUUACCAAUUAUUCAAUUAAAAGAAGAAUUACAAUCAAAAACAAUAACAACAGAUAAUAUUUCGGAUAUUAUUGAUGCACUUCAAAUAGUAAAAAAAGAACAAUAUGAAUUAAUUCUUAUACUUAAUCAAGAAGAACGACAACUUGAAGAUGAAUUAAAAGAAUUUCGAAAAUAUAUCGAUGAAGAUGAUGAAAUAAAUAUGAUUGAAGAAGGUAUACCAGAAUCAAUUGUAGAAUUAUCUUGUCCAGAUGAUGAAUUGCGUGCAACAAUGCUUCAAGAAUUUCUUAUUAUUGAUCAUAAAUAUCGAGAAAUUCUUAUUGAUUUAGAUGCAAAUUACCUUUAUAUUGUCGAUCAAGAAAAUGGUGGUUGGGAUAUUGAUGAACAUGAAAUGUUAGUUCAUUUAUAUGAAAUGUAUCCUGGUGAUGUAAAGAAACGUCGAACAUGUAUAUAUAAUCAUUUUCAUCGUUAUUAUCCAAAACGUUCAAGACAAGAAAUGCUUAAACAUGAAGAAUGGUAUAAUGCUCAAACUUAUUAUCUAAAACAUAAACAUUUAAUUUUAUAUGAAUGGAAACAAGCUCGUAUAGCAUUAAAAUUAAAAGCUCAAGUAGUAUUUCAAGAAGCAUAUGAAUUACAAGAACGUUUAGCACAACAACAUGAAGAAAAAAUGAAACAACGUGCUUUAUGUGAACAAUUAGCAAAUCAAGUACAAAAAUGGAGAGAUAAACAACUUGAAAUAUUAGAAAUUAAACGAAAAUUAGAAGAAUCAAAACGACAAGCUGAACUUGAAAAAAUUCGACAAGAACAUGAACGAUCACAAAAACAACGUCAACAAACAAAAGAAAAACUUGCUGAAUACUAUUCAAAAAAAGAACAAAUUCGAUUAGCCGAAUAUGAAAAAGAACAACGACGUUUAGAUGAAAUGCAAUCUAUUCUUGCUGAACAACAUCGUAAAGAUUGGGAACGUGUCAAAUUUCGUCAAGAAGAAUAUGAACAAAAACGACAAGAUUUACGUGAACGUAAUCAAAAUGAAGAACGUGAAGAAAUAGCAAAAGAAGAACGUCUUCAAGCACUUGCUGAACGUGUUCGACCUCAUGUUGAAAUAGAUCAUGCUCGUGUAUUACAACCAACUAAAGCAUAUAAUGCUCAUCGUGGUUUAUUAACAAAUACAAAUGAUGAUAUUAAUAUACAACAAGAAUUAUUUCCUAUUAAUACAUUUAAUGAUCGAAAAUUAUAUAGUGAUAUUCGUAUUCGUCUUGAACAACGUUUACGUGAUGCUGGUUUAAUACAAACAGAUUAUGCACGACAAGCAUUAGCUGCAUUACAAAAACCACCAAAACGUAUUGAUACACAAGCAAAUCAAAUGUGGAAUGGUUUUACAUUUAAAACAGAUAAUAUUGAACAACAUAAUAUAUCAAAACCAAUAAAACGAGAUUUUAUUAGUCAUUCAGUAUUUUAUGGAAUAGAAAAUUAA